AUGGCCGACAAAAUGGACAUGUCUCUGGACGACAUCAUUAAACUGAACCGGAGCCAGCGAGGUGGCCGCGGCGGAGGCCGGGGACGCGGCAGAGCCGGGACUCAAGGCGGCCGCGGCGGCGGAGCACAGGCCGCCGCGAGAGUGAGCCGAGGCGGCGGACCCAUCCGGAACCGGGCCGUCGCCCGCGGCGCAGCCGGAGGAGGCGGCAGGAACCGACCGGCACCGUACAGCCGGCCGAAACAGCUUCCAGACAAAUGGCAGCACGACCUGUUCGAGAGCGGCUUCGGCGGCGGCGCGGGCGUGGAGACGGGCGGGAAGCUGCUGGUGUCCAACCUGGACUUCGGGGUGUCCGACGCCGACAUUCAGGAGCUCUUUGCCGAGUUUGGUACUCUGAAGAAGGCCGCUGUGCACUAUGACCGCUCCGGCCGGAGUUUAGGAACAGCCGACGUGCACUUCGAAAGAAAGGCUGACGCGUUGAAAGCCAUGAAGCAGUACAAUGGUGUCCCGUUAGAUGGCCGUCCCAUGAAUAUCCAGCUGGUGACAUCACAGAUUGACACACAGCGAAGACCUGCACAGAAUCUAAGCAGAGGCGGCAUGGCUCGAAACCGUGGCUCUGGGGCCUUUGGAGGUGGUACCCGGAGAGGCUCACGAGGAGGCAGCCGGGGACGAGGCCGAGGGCCUGGCAGAAGCUCAAACCAGCAGCUCUCGGCUGAGGAGUUAGAUGCCCAGUUGGAUGCUUAUAACGCAAGGGUGGGAGGAAACAGCACAGGGUGGCCUUUCCUGGAGCUGCUGGUCCACUUGCUGCACCUUGGAGGCGAUGGGGGGCCCCGCUCCCACUGCCCCGGCCCCGCCCGGCCGCGCCCGCCCAGAUUGGAGGCUGUGCGGAAGUGCGGGCUGCAGGCGCAUCCUCGGGGCUGGAGCUCCCCGCGAUCGCUCCGCAGCUGCCCGGGCGUGUGGUCUCGGGGGCCUGGGGGAAUUGGGGCAGCGAAUGGGGCAGAGGGAAGGUCGGCGGCGGCGGCGGCGGGUGCCAGGGUCAGCUGGGGCCGCUACGCGCGGCCUCGCAUUGAGGCCGGUGCGCUCCUGUGA